GCCCAGCUCUGGGGAGGGGGACGGACACCGCCCCGCCGCACAGCCGAAGCAGCAUGCUGGGCUCCCACGCCCCUCUCCGCGGAGCUGCCCUGCUCCUCUCCAUCAGCCUCCUGACGCAGUGCCGCCUGCACGCCGCCCCCCUGCCCCCGGGGGAGGACGCCCGCCCCGCCGAGCCCCACCCGCCCAGCCCCGCGCCCCCCGCCAAGGAGGUGCGGGCGAGAGCCCUGCCCGCCCCCGGCCGGGAAGGCGGGGACGCCGAGGAGGAGGAAGACGACGACGAGCUCUUCCGAGACGUGGACCCCCAGGCCUUGGCCGCCGUGCUGCUCCAAGCGCUGGGCACCGGGGGUCACAACACUCCGGACAAGCGCCGGGCCCCGGACGAGGAGCGGGUGCAGAGCCAGAGCCGCAGCAGCGGCCUGGGGGCGGGCCGGGCCCGGGGGCAGCAGCUGGAGGAAGAGGAGGCGGAGGAAGGCGGCAGAGACAGCAGCUCCCAGGAGCUGGAAAGCCUCCAGGCCCUGCUGCGCGAGCUGCGGCCGCGCGGCCCGGCGGCCAAGCGGGAGCGGGCCCAGGGGGACGCCGGCCACAACGCGGUGCUGACAGAGCUGGAGGAGUACGAGCGGCUGCGGGCCGGCCCCCGGCGCCGGGCCCCGCCGGCCGAGCCCUGGGCCGGCGCUCGCAAGCUGAGGCAGCAGCAGCAGCUGGAGCACCAGCUCCUGCAGCGGCGCUACGAGGAGCUGGCCGAAAGCCGGCGGCAGGCCGAGGAGGCGCGCAAGGCGGCCGCCGAGGAGGAGCGCCUGGCCGACAUGGCCUCCGACCUGCUGCUGCAGUACCUGCUGCAGGGCCGCGAGGACGAGGGCGAGCCGGGGGCCGACGCCCACGAGGAGGAGGAGGAGGAGGAGGAAGAAGGCAGGGUCCGGGGCGGGAGGGCCAAGGGCAGCCCCUUGCUCUUCGAGGACGAGGAAGGCAACGUGGCGGAGGACAAGCGCUCCGACGAGGAGGACGACGACGACGACGACCUCGACCCCAGCACCAUCGACCAGCUGAUCGAGCUCUCCACCAAGCUGCACCUGCCCGCCGAGGACGUCAUCGACAUCAUCAGCGACGUGGAGGAGAAGAAGAAGAAGGAGGCGGCGGCGGUGCCCCCCAAGCACCAGGCCAAGCCGCUCCCCUACGCCCCGGCCCGGCCCUACUCUCCGGCCGCCCCCUGGCGCCGCCCCAAGCCGGACGAGCGGGACUGGAACGAGGUGCUGCACGGGGACGACUACCUCGCCCCCAAGAGGUACCUGGCCAAGCAGAACGACUUCUCCAACUACAUCCAGCCCAGGGCCUUCCAGCCGCCGGCCUACCCCCGCAGCCGCCAGCUGCCGGGCCCCCUGGCGCCCCGGGACGAGGCCGCCGCCAGCCGGGCCCGAGAAGAGGAGAUGGAGAACUACAUCGAGCAGGUGCUGCUGGACCGCGCCCAGGCGUUCCAGUGAAUCCCCCCCCCCCGCCCCCAGCUCCCCAUGGAGAAGCGUGGUCAUGCUGAGUGUCCCAAGCAUUUCAGGUUGUGCAUGAGUCAGGCGAACCGACCCCCUCCCUCCCCGCGCCCGCGACGCCCCCCCAGACUGUAGGAUCCCCGGGUCCCACCAAGCCCGCCACGCUUGAAGGAACCGGGUGUGUGUGGGGGGGGGUUGUGGAAGACACGGGCCCAGCUGGCCAUGGGGGAACAUGCCUCCUUCCGAGGAGACGCUCUGUGCAGGUGCCAGGAGAUGCCAGCCCCGGGAGAACCCGAUCCCGACUCUCUUUUCCGAGCCCCCCAGGGACAAGACCCCCGUGUGUCGGCAGCUCACAGGUGCGUCAGAAUUCGCCACGGCCCCGUCUAGUGCGGACCCGGAGAAUGCCCCCAACCCCCGUCAGAAGGGCAAGGGGGGGGCCACUCGCUCACCAGCCGCCAGUGUGGGAGCCGAAAAACAUCUAGACCAGGUCACUGAAAACAGAGCAAAGACCCAAUUGGCUCCAAAUUCCCGUCCCGGCUUCAGUGUUUUCCCUUCUCUCAUCUCCGCGACUUCCCACCCUCCUCCCUUCUGUACAAUUUUCAAACACGAACGCAGUGGAGGGAAGCGCGACGUUUGGAUGUGAAAAACCAGAGAGGGUGGGGGGGGGUUAUCGACUUGGGGAAAACUCAGUCCCACGGGCGGUAAAAUCGGCCCCACUCUGUUGACUUUAAGGAACCGGCGACUUGCCUUCGGGGGGCCGAUCCUAACACUUACAGCGCCCCAAAGCCACCCUGCCCGUCCGGCGGCGCACAGACACCCAGCCCGUAGCUGGGGGUUGAGCUGGUCUCUUGAGUUCCACACUCUGAGUUCGGGAGGAGGGCGUCAACCAGGGGCCGUCAAGUGAGCCCAGGUGAGGGUCUCCCAGUUGUUAAAACGCCAGAACCCUUCACAGUCGCACGUUUCCGUGCCCAGAUCUGUGUCACCAACACACCUUCUCUCCUCUACAAUCCAACACCGAUCCUUCCUGGUGCCCCAGGAUUAAGCUUUGCCCGGCGGCCGUCCUCCGGAGAAGGAAUGAGGGGAGAGCGGAGUGAGAUUUCCAUACCAAACUGCCUUAUCAAGCUCUCUUUCCACCGGGUCGUUUCUUCCAUCAACCGACACCGAAGCUCGAGGUUAAAUAUUGUGACUUUGCCAGUGUUAGGCACCCCACAACCAUGCCCCCCUACCCCUGCCAGGCAUGCCGCGUGCUGUGAAUUCACCACCGUCCGAACACUACCAGCAUUUCCAGCCAAGCACCCGAUCAGUUCUAACCCGGGGGAGCGCGCGGGUCGGGGAUGGGCGUUGUACUAAGGGCGUUUGCGCGUGUUAUUUUCACCUGCAUCCAGUUUCCGAGUGUGUGAGAAUCUUGGCUUUGUGGCGUCCGGUUCCCAGUCCUGUGCCGUUUGUUUCGAUGU